UGGCCUGGCCUGGCAGCUCUAGCAAUAGGAUCAGCUCCUGCCUGCUUAGUGCAGAUAAUGGCGACAGGGGCAGUGCUGGGAUUUGUCCUCUGCCCAUAAGGAGACACUGCAGAGGGAAUCUGAUCGCUAGCGCUGGGCGCUGGUCCUCCUCCUGGACCGUGAUGGGCUUUUUCACCGCUGGAGUUCUACUGACUUCGUUCCAGAACCCCAGCGACAUCCAUCUCCAGCAGCGCUCGGGGGAUUUCAAUAAACACUUGAUCUGAAACGGAUACUUUGUCUCCGGGGCGGCGGCGGUGGUUGUGGUAGUGGGUGGGGGGCUGGGAAUACCGUCGGAUUGUCCUUUCUGGGAGGCUGAUUGGAUGCAAAAAUGUCGGAUAGCAAGGUGAUAGUCGCCGUGAGGGUCCGGCCCAUGAACCGGAGAGAGAUGGAUCUGAAUACAAAGUGCAUUGUGGAGAUGGAAGGGAAUCAGACAGUGCUGCAACCGCCACCUGUCAAUGCCAAGCAAGGAGAGAACAGGUAA